CGUAGAUGUUUGUCCCAAGGCCUUCCCGUACCGUCCAGGCGGCGAGUCGCCUCCUGGUUUCGGAGUGUGUCCGGCAUGUGUUAGUUGUUCUCCGGCAGCAGUCGCCACUGCGGACAUGAACCGCGAGAGCUUCGCGGCGGGCGAGCGGCUGGUGUCGCCGGCUUACGUGCGGCAGGGCUGUGAGGCCCGCCGGUCGCACGAGCACCUCAUACGGCUGCUUCUGGAGAAGGGCAAGUGUCCAGAGGAUGGUUGGGAUGAAAGUACACUUGAACUCUUUUUACAUGAACUUGCAAUCAUGGAUAGCAACAAUUUCCUGGGCAAUUGUGGUGUGGGAGAAAGGGAAGGGAGAGUGGCAUCUGCAUUAGUUGCUCGGCGACAUUACAGGUUCAUUCAUGGAAUUGGACGAUCGGGUGAUAUUUCUGCUGUGCAACCCAAAGCUGCAGGUUCUAGCCUUUUGAACAAAAUUACCAAUUCUUUGGUCCUGGACAUCAUAAAGUUGGCUGGUGUCCAUACAGUGACCAACUGCUUUGUAGUUCCGAUGGCAACUGGUAUGAGUCUAACCCUGUGUUUCUUAACAUUACGACACAAAAGACCAAAAGCAAAGUACAUUAUAUGGCCACGAAUAGACCAGAAGUCCUGCUUUAAAUCCAUGAUCACUGCAGGUUUUGAGCCUGUGGUGAUAGAGAACGUUUUAGAAGGUGACGAGCUACGCACAGACGUGAAAGCAGUGGAGGCUAAAGUCCACGAACUUGGGCCUGAUUACGUUCUUUGUGUUCAUUCUACUACAUCCUGUUUUGCUCCAAGGGUGCCUGAUAGAUUAGAAGAACUGGCUGUGAUUUGUGCUAAUUAUGACAUUCCACAUAUAGUUAACAAUGCUUAUGGAGUGCAGUCUUCAAAGUGUAUGCACCUCAUUCAGCAGGGGGCUCGGGUUGGUAGAAUAGACGCUUUCGUUCAGAGCUUGGACAAAAAUUUUAUGGUUCCAGUAGGUGGCGCUAUAAUUGCUGGCUUUAAUGAUUCCUUCAUUCAGGAAAUAAGCAAGAUGUAUCCAGGAAGAGCUUCAGCUUCACCUUCUUUAGAUGUCCUUAUUACUUUAUUAUCACUUGGAUCGAAUGGCUACAAGAAGCUAUUAAAAGAAAGAAAGGAAAUGUUUUCAUAUUUGUCCAACCAACUAAAGAAGCUGUCAGAAGCCUACAAUGAAAGAGUGUUGCAUACACCUCACAAUCCCAUAUCUUUAGCUAUGACGCUUAAAACACUAGAUAAACACUGUGACAAAGCUGUCACUCGGCUUGGCUCCAUGCUUUUUACCAGACAGGUUUCUGGAGCCAGGGUUGUGCCUCUUGGGUCUGUGCAGACUGUGAGUGGCUACACUUUCAGAGGCUUUAUGUCACAUACAAAUAAUUACCCUUGUGCUUACCUCAAUGCCGCAUCAGCCAUCGGUAUGAAGACACAGGAUGUGGACUUGUUCAUAAAUAGACUUGACAAGUGUUUAAAGACAGUAAGAAAAGAACAAAAUAAAGAGAGUGAUGUAUCUGGAGUUGACAAUUAUGAUAAAACUGAAGAUGUGGUUAUAGAAGAAAUGGCUUUAAAACCAGAUAAUGUACUUCUUGGCACAUGCCAGGAUUCUUCCUGAUGACAUGUGAAGGGUUUCUUUGUGAUAAUUUUAAAAAAGUGAUGAGGCUACCGUAUAAGCUAGCAGUUUAAAGACAAGACUUGAGAUUUUUGAAUUGAGAAUUUCAUGGAGAAUAUUUGGUCAAGGAAUAGAACAUGGUCUGAGCUAGCCAUUGACGAUUGUUACAUUUGUUGUUCUUAGACUGCCUCAAUCAUUAUCCUUAACAGGUUAUAAUGUACAAUUAGCGUUUUUCUAAUUGUUAAAUAUUUGCCAAAUAAACAUUAUGAUUCAGAUAAUUCUUACUAAUAUAAUGAUAGUAAAAUUACACAUUACUCUAAUUCUCUUUGAAAUGUGUGGACUGCUUUCUUCUGACCAUUCUCUAUCAUUCACAAAUUACUUAUGUUUCUGACCACACGGAAUUUAGAAAGAUCACUAAUGCUACUAAUUAGUAGAUGUUUGUUGAUAUGUGUAAGUCACAGAAUGCCUGGAAAAUGGACAUUUCCCAGGAAAGCAGAGUCAAGGUCAAGGUGUAAGCUUUAAUUUUUGCUCAACAGAAAUGGAUCUCAACUGGGGAUGAUUGGCUUCUUAUAUCUAAGUAACAGCUGGAGAUAUUUUUGGGGUUUUUUUGUUUGGUUUUUUUUUUCAGCCAUGCCACAUGGCUUGUGGGAUCUUAGUUCCUCGACCAGGGACGGAACCUUCGCCCUCAGCAGUGAA